CAAAUAUCUUCUCUCAGGUAAUCCUUAAAAAUUCUGUUCAGGGUUAUUGGAGGAAGGAUGUUAUUUGGACGCUGACAUGGAGGAACUGAACAACAUCCCCAAUUUCAAGGCUGGUGACCAUGUCAUGUCGUACUCGCCAUUUAACGAGAAUGGUUCCAUCUUUUAAUAAUAUCUUAGCUGACGAACAUGCUUUGGUAAGAUCUUAGCUGACGACCAUGCUUUGGUAAGACCUGGCAGAACCUUAGCUUAUUUAAGAGUCGCACUUCAACGCUUAUUUUUCGUACGGACAAACAGAACACAAUCAAUUUACCACUCUUGCUUCUCAACUGCUUCACAGCACUACAUCUUUGCAGUAAUAACAGAAUCUCUUUCAAUUUGAUAUCUAGUAUUUCUCUGCGAAUUUGUUAUUUAUGGCGUUCACUUUGAUUGCCCUUUUAUCUAAAUCUUGCUUAGAAUUACAUUUCAAUCCCAUCUUAGAUUCAUAUGUUGCUGUAUGUCUUCAAACAUUAGUUACAAUCAAAUCUAGAGUUAAUUCUACUUGGCAAUGAGCUCUGAGGGUGUUAAAGAUGACUGUCUUGCGUGGGCAGCGGGAGACCCUUCUGGAGUCCUUUCUCCUUACAAGUUUAGUCGCAGGGCUCUUGGAAAAGAUGAUGUUUCGCUAAAAAUAACGCACUGUGGAGUUUGCUAUGCUGAUGUUAUCUGGAGUAAGAACAAGCAUGGAGAUUCGCGCUAUCCAUUGGUGCCCGGACAUGAGAUUGCUGGAAUUGUAAAGGAAGUUGGAUCCAGUGUCAGCAACUUCAAGGUUGGUGACCAUGUUGGAGUAGGCACUUACGUUAAUUCUUGCAGAGAAUGUGAGCAUUGCAAUGACAAGGAAGAAGUUAGUUGUGAAAAAGGAUCAGUUUUCACUUUUAAUGGCAUUGAUGCUGAUGGUUCGAUUACAAAGGGUGGAUAUUCUAGCUACAUCGUUGUCCAUGAAAGGUACUGCUUUCGGAUACCUGAUGGUUAUCCUUUGGCCUCUGCAGCACCUCUGCUUUGUGCUGGAAUCACUGUGUACAACCCCAUGAUGCGACAUAAGAUGAACCAACCUGGUAAAUCUCUUGGAGUGAUUGGGCUCGGUGGUCUGGGUCACAUGGCAGUGAAGUUUGGCAAGGCUUUUGGCUUGAAAGUAACUGUUUUAAGCACAAGCGUAUCUAAAAAGGAGGAAGCCCUGAGUGUGCUCGGCGCAGACAAUUUCGUGAUUACAUCCGAUCAAGCACAGAUGAAGGCCUUGUACAAAUCACUAGACUUCAUAAUCGACACAGCAUCCGGCGAUCACCCAUUUGAUCCAUACUUGCUUUUGAAGACUGCUGGUGUUUUUGUUCUUGUUGGGUUCCCAAGUGAAGUCAAAUUCAGUCCUGCGAGCCUCAAUAUCGGUAUGAAAACUGUAGCUGGUAGCAUAACAGGUGGUACAAGAGUGAUCCAAGAGAUGUUGGACUUCUGUGCUGCUAAUAAAAUUUACCCCGGGAUCGAAGUAAUUCCAAUUCAGUAUAUAAAUGAAGCUCUUGAGAGGAUGGUAAAGAACGACGUGAAGUACCGUUUUGUGAUUGAUAUUGAGAACUCCUUGAAGUGAUAGCAUGGAGGCAACCAGGGAAAUCUCCUCAUUUCAUGCAUACGGUCAUAAUAUGCAUGUUGGAUGCCAGGGGGUUUUCUUCUAUGAAAUAUAUUUGGGUUUGAUCCUAUCCUUGCUGUUGUUGAAAUAAUGAUCCAGAAUUUCGCGAAUGAAUCAUUUAUAUCCAGAAAUAUUGUACCGCAGCAAUAACAAUAUUUGUUACCUACUGUUUGAUUAAGUGUGGCGCUCUAUCCAAUAAAAGAAAUAGCAGUUUAUGUA